AUCUCCGCUCUUUCUUCUUCUUCUUCUUCUUCUUCAGCUGCGCUCUCAUCUCAUCAGAUGAAUGGAAGUUGUGUAGACUGCAGAAUCUUGUGAGGUUCAGUCUGUGAAGGUUACCAUAAUCGGCAAUGGCGACUCUGUUUCGCCCCAUUUUCUUCUCUUCUGUUCCUGUCGAAGCAUUCUCUUCGACGCCCCUAACUUCGUCUUCUCAGUCCCUCGUCUACCUCCCUCUAUCUUCACCUCCAUUCUCCUGUCUAUCCCACACUCUCAACCCCAGAGCCAGACGACCCACGAACCCGUUCUCCUGCUCCUUCUCAGCCGUCGCCGUCGAGACCUCGGAACUCGAAUUAGAUGCCAAACAGGAGAAUUCAGAGGAAGCGGAGGAGGUGUCUAAGACGAGAUUGAUUGCCCAGAAUGUCCCUUGGUCUUGCACAGCUGAAGAUAUCCGGUCCUUGUUUGAGAAACACGGGACCGUAGUUGACGUUGAGCUUUCGAUGUAUAACAAAACGAGGAACAGGGGCUUGGCGUUUGUGGAGAUGGCCUCGCCGGAGGAGGCUCUCAGGGCUCUCAAUAAUCUCGAAUCCUCGGAAUAUGAAGGCAGAACAUUAAGGCUCAACUACGCUAACCCGCGAAAGAAGAAGCCUUCCCCACCUGCGCAGCCCAGACCAAUCCCAACUUUCAACUUAUUUGUUGCAAAUCUUUCUUACGAAGCAAGAGCGAAGGAUCUCAGGGAGUUCUUUGAUUCAGGGAGUGGUACUGUUGCUUCAGCUGAAGUUAUAUUCCAUGACAACCCGCGAAGGUCCUCUGGGUAUGGAUUUGUUUCCUUCAAAUACAAGAAGGCUGCUGAGUCAGCAAUUUCUGCCUUCCAGGGGAAGGAAUUUAUGGGAAGACCCAUAAGGAUCGCACGAAGUAAGCAAUUUGUGAAACUCCAAUCAAAAGAGAGUCUGCAGUCUUCAGAAACUUCAGCUGAAGUGGAAUCUAUUGCUGAGGUAGCAGAUGCAGCUGAGUAAUAAUGUAAGAGACUUGAAGUCUUGUUCCUUCAUCCAUAUCUCUGACAUUUUGCUACUCGUCAUCCGAAACUAGAAAGCACAUGUAUACACUGAGAAUACCCUGCAAUGUCGUUUUGUCAAUGAAACAUGAUAUUGCUCGUCUUUAUUGCUUAUAUGAUACAAGGCGGUGAACUAGAUCAUGUAAACUUAUGCUGUAAGUACAUGUGAUAAGUUCAAAGCAUAGUAUUUACUAUAGCAAUUCUCAUACCACCCAA